AUGGACGACGCCGAUGACUUGAGCCCUAACCGUCUGAAUGGGAGUCACCUAAGCAAAGCCCUGUCUGACCCACUUUACCAAAACUGGCGCUAUUACUUCCUGUCUUUAUUCCAGCGCCACAACGAGACAAUCAACAUCUGGACUCACCUGCUGGCAUUGUUGGUGAUUCUGGUUAGAUUACGGCAACUCGCCGAGACUGUGGACUUUGUUGGUGAUCCUCAUUCAUGGCCCCUGUUGAUCCUCAUCCUGUCCUCGUUGACCUACUCGGCAUUCAGUGCAGCAGCUCACCUACUGGGUGGGAAGUCUGAGCUGUGUCAUUACAUCUUCUUCUUUCUGGACUAUGUUGGGGUAGCCCAGUAUCAGUACGGCAGCGCUAUAGUUCACUUUUACUACGCUGUGGAUGAGGGCUUGCAUAGACACGUGCGUGGGAUCUUCAUGCCCGCUGCCACUGUCCUCAGCUGUCUGUCGUGCCUGGGAUGCUGCUACGGCAAGUACUUCAACCACAGCUUACCGACGUGGGUGCGUAAGGUGUGCCAGGUGGUGCCCUCAGCGCUCGCCUAUAUCUGGGACAGCAGUCCUGUGGCGAGAAGACUCAUGUCAUGGUCUCCAGCCAGCAAUGACCCAGCCAUGAUCUAUCACUUUGGCCAGGUGGCUUUCUUCCUCAGCUGCAGCUUCUUCUUUACCUUCCCCCUGCUAGAGCGCUGCUUCCCCGGGCGCUGCGAUUUCGUGGGACAGAGUCAUCAGAUCUUCCAUGUACUCUUAUCUUGCUGCACCCUGUGUCAGAUCCAUGCCUCCCACCUCGACUACGUGGGCCGUAGGACGCUGUACUCGCGUCUGCAUAAGAGCGGUGAGGCUGCUCUCUUUGUGGGACUGUACGGGGUCACUUUGGUCGGAUGUGCGCUAGUUGUUGCCUUCAUGCUGAAGAAAGCUAAACAAGUGCUAGAUUUCAAAGCCAAGUCCAAAUGA